AUGCCGUCCGUCGCCACCAGCGGCCCAAAGGCGCAUCCCAACGCCCACUUGGCUGGCCUGCCGGCAUCUCUCACGCCGCCGCCGCCCGUCAAGGCCACCAACACCAUCUGGCAACCCUCGGAGCUUGUGCCCGGAUCAUAUCGUGCCACCGGCGGGGACCGCAAGCACCGCAUGUCCUCCGCCCUGGCGUUCAAUCUGAACCAUGCCAUCGACUUGCUGAAACGCAGCAACUGCGGCAUCCGCGACGUCAUCCGCCAGCACGAGAGCGCAUGGGUCGCCCUGCGGCUGCUCUACAACCACGUUGUCAUUCUUCAGACACUCCUCGAGCGGUUGCGCGACAUGCUUGAGAACGUGGCACACGUCGAGAGCGUUGCCCGAGACGUCAACAUCUACCAGCCGCAUCUUGGGGACAACGACAACACGCCGAAGGACAUGCCGAAGGACAGGUCGCGGGGCAAGACAGAGGGCAAGACAGAAGAAAAGACAAAGGGUGCCGAGGCGGGAAAACAAAAGACGACAAAGCAUGCAGCCUCUUUCUCGUUUACCGUCAAUCGGAACCCGGCCCGGACGCACAAGUCGCCUUUGGCCUGGAGCCGGCGCGUGCUGCCCAGAGUCGAGGACAUGAUGCCCGAGUUGCGCAACUACCUGGUUACCAUUGAGGAAGCGUGCGUUUGGACCGUGCGGCGACAAAGCUCCCGCUUUCUCCCGGACCCAGACGCCGUCCCGCUGCGCUGGAACGACAACUACAUCUUCGCAACCGUGCACAAGUUGUGCUCGUUUGAGCAAAACAUCGAAGUGCAUAUGACGACGUGCAAGUAG